CGCCACAGCAAGGAGCAAUACCCGACCACCGCAACCCACGCCCGCACGAACCCGCAAACAAAGAGUUUCCAGGUUACCUUUGUCGCACCGGCAUGGCCGUCUUCCAGAGCCGCAAAUACCGCUCGGCGGCCGACUCCCGCAACUUUGGGGCGCGCUACCGGGCGCUCAUGGCCAAGCAUCCGUUCCUGCUGUUCGGCCUGCCGUUCCUGACCACCAUCGUGGCCGCCUCGUUCGUGCUGACGCCCGCCACCGCCGUCCGCUACGAGCGCCACGACCGCAAGGUGCGCCAGAUGACGCGCGAGGAGGAGCUGGGCGUCGGCAAGGCGGGGCGCAAGGUCGACAUCCGCGAGGAGUACUACAGAUUGGCGGCCAAGGAUCUCGAUAACUGGGAGCAGAAGCGUGUCAAAAGGUUGCCUGGCGAGAGCGACGGUGUGCUCUAGGAAAGAGGGGGCAUGUGCUUGCGAAGCGCCGACGGAGAGGAUAGAGAGACGCUCAUUGCUUCCCAUGGGAUAGUAUCGCCGCCUUCGCGUCGCCUCCGGACGAAAAGCUCCUCUGACAAUCGGAGCAGUUGUCCGGAUCGCUGCCGCCGGCGCCAAUCAAGACGGCUACACUGCAAACGGCCUGAGCGCAACUAAGGCUCAUUCUCGGAGCAUCUCGCUGCAGCCGUUCGUGUGGCGCCCAGCUCUUAAGCUGGAAUAUUCAGGAAGCAGCGAGCGGGCAAUGCUGGGAUCCUGCUCAAUCCCGCCAGCCUCGCCAUCACAUGCAGCUGAGUCAGUUUCGUCCAGCUCAUCUUCAGCCGUCGCUCGGGCCAGGCGUUAGGCGCCGCACCCUCGACGCAGGUCUCAGUUGUUAUCGUAGCCCUUGACGGGUGUCACGGAGCCAAAGGGGCGGGACCAUCGGGGCAUUUUGUCGGGUUCUUGCUUCGCAAUACUUGAGAAUAAGCAAACCAGUCUGCAGAUAACCCCGCUAGCAAAGCGGGAAGCUGCAGCAUCGAGCUGCCCAAAGGCGGACAGUUCUGCAGGAGCUGAAGACUCGGACAGAACCAGACAGAGAUCAUCGCAACAAAUGGAGAUUACUGUGGUACACUAUU